AGGUGAAGCCUGCCAUCCCAGUGUUGAAGCAUGAGUACUGAUGCCAGUCAGGCUGUGAUCACUACUCCUCCCCCGGCCACGAUGCCUCACAAAGAGCGGUACUUCGAUCGCAUCAAUGAGAAUGACCCAGAGUAUAUUCGGGAGAGAAACAUGUCUCCUGACCUGAGGCAGGACUUCAAUAUGAUGGAGCAAAGGAAGAGGGUCACUCAGAUACUGCAGAGCCCUGCUUUUAGAGAAGAUCUGGAAUGCCUUAUUCAAGAACAGAUGAAGAAGGGCAAUAACCCCACUGGACUGCUUGCGUUACAACAGAUUGCUGAAUACAUUACAGCAAGCUCUUUUGCAGGUUUUUCCUCAUCUUCCUUCAGCCAUGGAAUGAUUACACCUAUCAAUGAUCUACCUGGGGUAGAUACUUCCUCGUUUGUUAAGGGAGAAAAACUUACUCGUUGCAAGUUAGCCAGCUUAUAUAGAUUGGCUGACUUGUUCGGGUGGGCACAUUUGCCAAAUGCCUAUAUCACAGUAAGAGUAAGCAAGGAGCAUGACCAUAUUCUAAUCAUUCCAAGAGGUCUGUCCUUUUCUGAGGCUUCAGCUUCUAAUUUGGUUAAGGUAAACAUCCUGGGAGAUGUAGUUGACCAGGGGAGUACAACUUUAAGCAUUGACAAUGCAGGAUUCAGUCCACACGUGGCCAUCUACUCCACACGCCCCGAUGUCAGAUGCGUAAUACACAUACAUACCCCUGCAACAGCAGCUGUUUCAUCUAUGAAGUGUGGCAUCCUUCCCAUAUCGCAGGAAGCUCUGAUUCUGGGAGAUGUUGCUUAUUACAACUAUCAGGGAUCUCUUGAUGAACAGGAAGAGAGAAUUCAGCUUCAGAAAGUUCUUGGACCCAGUUGCAAGGUAUUAGUCUUGAGAAACCAUGGUGUGGUGGCACUAGGAGAGACACUGGAAGAAGCAUUCCACUACAUUUUCAAUGUUCAGCUGGCCUGUGAAACACAGGUUCAUGCGUUAGCUGGAGCAGGUGGGAUAGACAAUCUCCUACUGCUGGAUCUGCAGAAGUUCAAGCCCUCCACGCACGCUGUGGCAGCAGCGGGGGGAGGUGGAGUUAACAUGGCUUCGCAGCAGAAGUGGAAAGUUGGGGAGCAAGAAUUUGAAGCACUCAUGCGGAUGCUGGACAACCUGGGAUACAGAACUGGCUAUGCCUACAGGCAGCCGUUAGUCAGGGAAAAACCCAGACAUAAGAGUGACGUUGAGAUCCCGGCCACUGUGACCGCCUUCUCCUUUGAAGAUGAUACAGUCCCGCUUUCCCCCCUGAAAUUCCUGGCGCAGAGGCAGCAGAGAGAAAAGACAAGAUGGCUGAACUCUCCAAACACGUACUUGAAAGUUAAUGUGCCUGAGGAGUCCUGGAACGGGGAAACCAGUCCCAGGACUAAGAUCACGUGGAUGAAAGCUGAUGAGUCCUCCAAGACUAGUGGAGGGACGCCAAUCAAAAUUGAAGAUCCAAACCAAUUUGUUCCUCUAAAUACAAACCCAAGUGAAGUGUUGGAAAAGAGAAAUAAGAUAAGGGAGCAAAACCGAUACGACCUAAAGACAGCAGGACCACAGUCUCAGCUGCUCGCCGGGAUUGUGGUGGAUAAAAAACCGAGCCCAUCAAUGCAAUUUGAAGAUGAUGAGCACGCACCGCCGGCCCCUCCCAACCCCUUCAGCCAUCUCACAGAAAAGGAACUGGAAGAGUACAAGAAAACCAUUGAGCGCAAGCAGCAAGGGUUGGAAGAAAACCACGAAGACCUCUACACCCAGAAUGCCAACCUAAUAUCUGUGGAGAUGCCGGUUGUGGUCGUGAACGGCAAGGAAGACGCGCACGACGUGGAAGACCUCACCAAGAGGGUCAGUCAGUUAACCACCAGUACUGUGGAGAGCGUGGAGAUCACGAUUAAAAGCCCUGAGAAGAUAGAGGAGGCUCUGUCCCCCGAAGGGUCACCUUCCAAAUCCCCGUCAAAGAAGAAGAAGAAAUUCCGCACCCCGUCUUUCCUGAAAAAGAGUAAAAAGAAGGAGAAGGUAGAAGCGUAAGUGCAGUUCUGUUGUGAGGAGACGUUGCACAUUUUAAACGUUUGACUAUUAUAAACAGCGUAGUGUUAGGGGUGUGCAGUAACUGGACUUUUAACCCAAACAAAAAGGAACUGGAAGAGGUUUUGCUUUAAAAAAACCCACAACCCACCAAACAAAAAAAACCCUUUCAUGUUAAUUGAAAAUUAAUCAAUCUCUCACUUAACUGUGUCCAAAUUUGCCGUGAGGGUUGGAAACGUUCAUUAGUUUCAUGCCGAAGCACGCUGGCGGGGGCUCAGUUACCGUCGCGGCGGGGUCGAAUGCCGUCGCGGUGUGCAGCAGCGAGUUCUGCGGGGGGUAUUUUGCAGACCUUACGCUUUUCGGUACAGUUCAAGUCUGUACUGAAGUUACUGUGGAGUGAGCAUACGGCUUCCUGAAACUGCUGUCUCAUUGGUAACCAGACCACGCGUUUCUGUAUUGUGGUUCUGACCAUGUACUUUCUGUUUCUGUACCCCCGUUGGAGCGGGUGCACAUUAACAGCACACCUUUAAACCUUUUCUAAGAUUAGAUCGUAGAGAAACAUUAUACACUGGCACAUAAUAGUAGGGGAAAAACUGUGUAAGAGAGAGUUUAUUUGGAGUUAUACAAAAGGUCUAAAGAAUUCCAUUCUUCAAUAACUUUUUUGCCAAAUGUUUCAUUUUAGUGAAAUAUAAUUUUUGAAGACUUCUUUUUUAUUCUAUCAGUUGGGGGUGGGGUGGGUGGGAAACCCUUAUUUUUCAAGAAAGGGGAUUUUAUACACUUAACAUUGAUAAUUUAGUUUAACUGGCAAAACAAAAAAGAAGAUUUUAUAUGUUCAAAUGUUUGUAUACCAUUCAGUAUAAAGGUAUUAUAAGCAUGUGAACCAAGCAUUAAUAGUAAAGUGUAUUUCAGAAUGCUUGGUUUAGAGUAUACUUAAAUGUAAUUCAGGAAUCCAGGGACUCAGAAAUCAAAAGAUAAAAGCAUAUAAAAUUGAACUGGAUUCGUGUUUAAUAAUUACAUGGGGUGUUGUUUUUUCUUUCUCUCGUGGUAUUGCUAAUGAAUGAAGAAAAAUAAUCUCUUAACAUAACCAAAUGAAGGAAACAAAGCUGUUAAAAGGGAAAGUGAAAUAGUAAGAAAAUAGGAGGAGACAAAGAAAGUAAAAGCCUGGUGAUUAUUUUUUUUAAAUAUAUGAUAUGGAUUGUGGGAUAUUUUUAUUAAAUCAGCAAAGUGACAUGUCCAUUUAGACGUUCUUAAUAAUUUGUCUGGAUUCAUACAGAGCGCAACACUUUGGGUUUUCUCUUCGCUUUCAUCUGAAUUGUAAAAGGGUCUCAUGAAUCUGUGUUGUCCUUUGGGUGAACCCAGAGCAAAUCAGAGCCUAGUGCCAUGGGUGAGAGUGGUACCGCCACUCGCUCAUUUUUACUGGUAUUGUCGUUUUAGUACUUUUACUGUACUGUAAAUACAAACUAAACAUAGAAAUUAACAUAGGGGUUUCUUCACUGUGUCAAACUGUCUGUGAAUCGGUCAUCGCAAUAGGAAGUACAUCUUAAAGAUCCAUGUGAUUCCCAAAUUGCCGGUUGAAAUAUUCUAUGAUAUAUAAUUGUUAAAUAUGGCUGGAGAGUGGUUUGGCAUGCAAAAGUGUCGAUUAUAGCAUGUUUGGAGGCUGGUUAGCUUUGACCGUCUAAGUGUGAUAACGCGAUGUUAGAAUGGAUCCUGGAAACAAUUUUCUAGCUAUCACUAAAUACUGGAAUCAGUGUUUUUAAUCAUAGUGGAAACUUUCAGUUGCUUACUUUGUUUUUUAUGUUCUACAUUAUUUGUGUUGUAUUACCAACAUAUGUAGAAACAGUAACCUGUGAACUACGCUUUUCAUAACUUUUUUAAAAAUAUAUAUCUAAAUGAAUGCAAUGUGCAUAAAUAUUUUUUAAAAUGCAACCGUGAACUAUUUGCACCUUUUGCUAAUGCCUCUAUUUACUCGCUUUGGCAUAAAGAAUGAGCCAGCCAACUCUUGUGUCCUGUGGAAAAUAUAUAAAUGUUAUCUGAAAUUGCUCAUAGAUGUAAUGCUAAUUAAUGUUAAAUCACAAAUAAACAGUAUUUUAAAUAGAU